AUGGUGAUAAUGCCAUUACGUACGGCAUUAUCCAUUUCCGCCAUCUCUGUUCUUGUGCUUCUCGCUUCUUUUACUGCUCAUGUGCAAUGUACCGUUGCUGCAAAACCUUCAUCAACCAAACAGAAUGUUGAAGAUUUGAUCAUUGACGAAGGCUUUCUCUUGACAACCGUUAAGCAACAGUCUCCGAAAGCUGCUAAUAAUCAACCGAAAAGCGUAAAUUCGACGACUAUCGUUAAUAAUACGAGCAAAAUUACUAACGACAAGAAACACAAUGAUAAUGGUGGUGAUCGAGUGACAGCGAAACCCUCUGAAAGCAAGCAACAACAGAAGAAGCAGCAGCNAGCAGCAGCUGUCAUCUCCUGCUAA